GUCGGGAAACCCUGGAGCGGCGCGGCGGCCCGGCGGCUGCUCUGCCUCGGCGCGACAGGAGAAAUAAAGGAGACGAACCCUGCUUCGGGGACCAGAAGGCAGUGCCAGAAAGAGUGAGCUGGAGUGACCUGGGUGGCUCACAUUCCUAGAGGAGGCCAAGACCCCACAGUGUGGCCACCACGACAUAUCAAGCUAUUUUCAGGGUCAGGCCUGGUACUUGGAGCUGAGCCUGCUGGGGUCCCCACUGGUUGUGGAGGAUGAGGCUCCUCCGCAGACGGCACAUGACCCUGCGGCUGGCCAUGGUGGGCAGUGCCUUCAUGCUUUUCCUCUUCAUCCGGCAAAAGGACAUAAGUAGCAGGAAGCAGACCACGGAGAAACCAUGGUUGAAGUCUCUGGUGAACCAGAAGGAUCACGUGCUGGACAUCAUGCUAGGGGCUGUGAACAACCUUAGAGAUUCAAUGCCCAAGCUUCAGAUCAGGGCUCCAGAGCCCCAGCAGGCUCCAGUCUCCAUAAACCAGUCCUGCCUGCCUGGGUUCUAUACCCCAGCUGAGCUGAAGCCUUUCUGGGAACGGCCCCCACAGGACCCCAACAGCCCUGGGGCAGACGGGACCGCAUUUGAGAAGAGUGAGUGGACCCCCCUGGAGAUCCAGGAAAAGGAAGAGGGCUAUAAGAAGCACUGCUUCAAUGCCUUUGCCAGUGACCGGAUCUCCCUGCACAGGGCCCUGGGGCCAGACACCCGACCCCCUGAGUGUGUGGACCAGAAAUUCCCGCGCUGCCCCCCACUGCUCAGCACCAGUGUCAUUAUUGUGUUCCACAAUGAGGCCUGGUCCACACUGCUGAGAACGGUGUACAGUGUCUUAUACACCAGCCCUGCCAUCUUGCUGAAGGAGAUCAUACUGGUGGAUGAUGCCAGCACUGAGGAAUACUUGAAGGAGAAGCUGGAACAGUAUGUGCAGCAGCUGCAGAUCGUAAGAGUGGUGCGGCAGGAGGAGCGGAAGGGGCUGAUCACUGCUCGGCUGCUGGGGGCCAGCGUGGCGCAGGGAGAGGUGCUCACGUUCCUGGAUGCCCACUGUGAGUGCUUCCAUGGCUGGCUGGAGCCCUUGUUGGCUCGAAUUGCUGAGGACAAGACAACAGUGGUGAGUCCAGACAUUGUUACCAUCGACUUGAAUACUUUUGCAUUCUUCAAGCCUGUCCAGCGGGGCAGAGCCCACAGCCGUGGCAACUUUGACUGGAGCCUGACCUUUGGCUGGGAGACUCUGCCUGACCAUGAGAAGCAGAGGCGCAAGGAUGAGACCUACCCCAUCAAGUCCCCGACAUUUGCUGGUGGCCUCUUCUCCAUCUCCAAGUCCUACUUUGAGCACAUCGGUACCUAUGAUAAUCAGAUGGAGAUCUGGGGAGGGGAGAACGUGGAAAUGUCCUUGCGGGUGUGGCAGUGUGGGGGCCAGCUGGAGAUCAUCCCCUGCUCUGUGGUAGGCCAUGUGUUCCGUACCAAGAGUCCCCACACCUUCCCCAAGGGGACCAGUGUCAUUGCUCGCAACCAAGUGCGCCUGGCUGAGGUCUGGCUGGAUAACUACAAGAAGAUUUUCUACAGGAGAAAUCUGCAGGCAGCAAAGAUGGCCCAAGAGAAAUCCUUUGGUGACAUUUCGGAACGACUGCGGCUGCGGGAACAACUACAUUGCCACAACUUCUCCUGGUUCCUUCACAACAUCUACCCAGAGAUGUUUGUUCCUGACCUGAAUCCCACCUUCUAUGGAGCUAUCAAGAACCUUGGCAUUGAUCAGUGCCUGGAUGUGGGUGAGAAUAACCAUGGGGGGAAGCCCCUCAUCAUGUAUUCCUGCCAUGGCCUCGGUGGCAAUCAGUACUUUGAGUACACAACCCAGAGGGACCUUCGCCACAAUGUCGCAAAGCAGCUGUGUCUACAUGCCAGUGCUAGAACACUGGGCCUUCGGAAAUGUCAGUUCACUGGCAAAAAUAGCCACGUACCCAAGGAUGAGGAAUGGGAAUUGACCCAGGAUCACCUCAUCAGGAACUCAGGAUCUGGUACCUGCCUGACAUCCCAGGACAAAAAACCAACCAUGGCCCCCUGUAAUCCCAGGGACACCCACCAGCUCUGGCUCUUUGUCUAGGCCCUGGAUCAUCCCCAGCAAGCUCCUGCGAUCCUCUCAGGAAACAGGAUUGCUGAGGUCUGACAAACUGACACUAGCUCCUCAAUAGGCCUUAAAAAUGGAUUGCUAAACCCAAUGGAUGUCAAAGCAGGACCAUCUUGCUCCUUGCAACAUUGGACCCAUUUUCUUUCCUCCACACUGAUGGAAGAGUCCUUGAGGACACAUGAUGCUUGGCCUAGGGCUCUCCUUCUGCCCUAGAAACAGAGUCCUCCAAAGCAGAGAAGGCAGCUGGGGGAGGGCCCAGGACAGCAGUGCUGAACACAAGAAGAAUACCUCUGUAUCCCCAUCCUGAAGCCCUGGUCACCCAGAGCACCUGCAGAAUCUAGUGAAACAGGGUGCUCUCAUGGAGGGAUUAGAGGUCAAAGAGAGCCUCCCUUGCUCAUAGCCCAAAGUGUGUAGAACUGAUCAUGAUUCAUAGGAAGUA